GUAAAAUCUAUGUAAAUGAAUUAGUGUGUAGUUUCAGGUUCUUAUAUACGCAUGUUUAUACAAAUCAUAUGAGAUCCAGUGUCCCCAUCCGUCGCAGUGGAAGUUGAAAGCGAACACAGUUUGCAAUGUCACAUCACAAUAUCAUUGUUUGUUUGAUGAAUACAGCGUCAUGUACACAGAGUUUUGUAGACAAAACCCAGAUUUUGAAAUACCAGGAUAUAAGAUGGUAAUUUUGGGUGGUUUGAAUGGGAAAUUGUGCGCGUCUAUCCGAUAUCAGCCGUUCAUAUUUUGGACAAACGGAAGCAGUCAAUGUACAUUUCAGAAGUCAUUAUGCAGAGAAGAGGGUCAAAUGAUUUCGACUGAAAGGUCUACGAGUAAAGAUGCUACUUGCCGGUGUGAUUAUACCAGGGGGUAUUCCUUUGUUUUGAAACCUACGCAUAUCACUUAUUGUUUGCCAUCUGAAGAAGACUGUUCAUGUUACAUCAAACCAUGUCCUAAUGGAUAUAUACUAAAUACAGGUUAUCAAUGCAUAGAAGGUAACCCAAGUAACAACGAAUGCACCACAAGUGACCCAUCCAUGCCUUCAAAAAAUAAAUCAACUGCAAUGAAGGUCCUAAAUGUCAAUACAGAAAGUCGAAAUGGACUCACAAGAGAAAAAAUAGCAUUUGCCUUAACAGUACCAAUUCUGUCAGUUAUAGUUGCCACUCUAUUGAUAUGUUACAAUUUAGUUACAGUAGAUAAUAAGUUACAGCACACCCGAGGAAUUUUUAUUGAAGAAGUCCAUACACCACAUUUUGAAAAGCCAGUCGUUAAAAAACAGCAAAUUCAUUUAGAUCAUGUAGAAGAAGGGACACAAACAGAUAUCAUUAUAAAUACAAAAGUACUUUUGUGCAUUUAUAUAACUCUAAGAGACGCUAAGAUAACAGUUAUUUCAGGACCACCAGGGUGCGGGAAAACAUCAUUUUUAUAUCACGCUGUCAUGAAACUUGGAGAAGCAGACAACUAUAAUAUAUGUUUUGUAUCAAAUCCAGUGAAACUUAUUGAGUCUAUAAAUAUAAAAGAAAAACAAAUAUUCGUGAUAGAUGAUAUCGUAGGGAAGAAUUCUUUAAACGAAGAUAGUUUGCAGACUUGGAGAGCAAAUGCAGAUUUAAUCUAUCAAAUUGUAAGCCAGAGUUUGAAAACGAAAUUGAUAUUGACAUGUAGAUCAUAUAUCUACAGGAAUGAAAAAUUCAGUUUACUGAAACUUCCUCAUAUGCACUGCGAUAUGUUGACAAAUGAAAGGUUUUUGACAACAGUAGAGAUGCGACGACUGUAAAUAUGUAUUUGUUAUGUUUCUGAAGAAGAAACCAAGUCACUUCAUGAUAAGUUAUAAGGUUUUGUAAAUUACCUUCUAUUGAUUUUUGUACAAUAUUGGAGUUCAAUGCAAGAAAAACCCACAUAAUGAUUAUUUUAUAUAUCCUUGUGAAAUCAUCGAGAAAGAAAUGAAUGAACUUAGGGUCUCGUUAUAUCUUUGUUUUAUAGAUUUUGGAUUACUAGUUAUCUAUAACAGCAAAGAAAAAAGUCCGUCAUAUUGUUCGACCAUAAGCAAACUAAGUCCAAAAAGGACCGACCGAAAUUCGUUGCACGUUACAUUACUUUUUGAAUACAAUAAUUUCUAAUUCUUUUUUCUUUAAAAAAUUAUAAGUCACAGGUAAAUUCUUAAGACAACACUGGUAAAACUCCUUUUCAUAUUACUUGUUCGAAUGGCAAUGCAGUUGUUGCUAAAUAAUAAAUCAAAUUUAAUGCCGAAGUUAAUCAAAUGAAUACCAAUAAAGUAACACCACUUAUGUAAGUUUGUUCUUCAGGUUACAUCGAGCUGAUACAGUUUCUUCUCACAAGGACGUUAACAUCAACGUUUUAAAUGCAUUCGAAUCCUCUCUGAUUCUUGAGUCUUGUGUUAAAAACAACGUCAUAGUGUUUUCUCUUUUACUUGACAAUAAAGCCAACGUGUAUUGUU